GUGAGUGCAUCUCCUUUCAGUGGCUAAUAUUCAGCCCCACCGUGACAGACCAGACACCUUUUCCUCCAGUAAUAUGCUGCAAUGCAAAUAUGAUCACUGGACAGAAGAACAGCAAACAGUGUUCAGUGAAGAAGAAUGUUGGAAAUCAAAGUGAAAAGCAACGUUGUUUCCGAAGGGAUUGUUCAUGCAGAUUCAAUACAACUUGCAGAGUGUUGACUGACUGAAUUGUAAUUCACUGAAGGACAUCUCCUGAAUAAUUUCACCAACAUUCACCACCAUCUACCUGAUACCAAUAUGGCGGAUGACUGGAAGGUUUCUGAAAAUCCAAAUCAUCUGCCUGCAAGCAUCAUCGUUCCAAUCAUCUUUUCACUGAUAUUCCUACUUGGAACUAUAGGGAAUGGCCUUGUUCUGGCAGUGCUGCUGAGGAAUGGCCAGAUGAGUUAUAAUACAACCAAUCUCUUUAUUCUAAACCUAAGCAUGGCCGAUCUGUUCUUUAUUAUCUUCUGUGUUCCUUUUCAAGCCACCAUCUAUACACUGGACGGGUGGGUCUUUGGCUCAUUCCUUUGCAAAGUGGUCCACUUUUUCAUCUACCUCACCAUGUAUGCGAGUAGCUUCACAUUGGCUGCUGUGUCAGUCGACAGAUACCUUGCCAUUCGAUACCCUUUGAAAUCCCGAGAUCUCCGCACAGUACGGAAUGCCACAGCUGCCAUUGCUAUAAUCUGGGCCUUGUCCAUCAUCCUGGCUGGACCAUACCUGAGUUACUACCAGAUUGUCCAUUACGAGGGAAUACCCAUCUGCGUGCCGAUAUGGGAUGACAGGAAGAGAAAAAUAAUGGAUGUUUUCUCAUUUGUUUUUGGCUUUUUAGUCCCAGUUGCGAUCCUGAGUCUUGCCUACACCAGAACAAUCAAGUAUCUGUGGACAUCAGUGGAUCCCAUUGAGACCAUCUCAGAGUCAAAGAAAGCAAAGCGGAAAGUGACAAAAAUGAUAAUCAUUGUUGCUGUGCUCUUUUGCCUCUGUUGGUUGCCCCAUCAUGUUGUGAUCAUGUGCUUCUGGUUUGGUUACUUCCCGUUCAAUAAAGCAACCUACGCCUUCCGCCUCAUCUCACACUGCCUGUCCUAUGCCAACUCCUGCCUCAACCCCAUUGUGUAUGCUUUGAUAUCAAAGCAUUUUCGCAAGAGAUUCAGGCAGGUCUUCACUUGUCACUUGAAGAAGCAAACCACCAAUAAAAUUCAUGUUGUCCAUGUGGCUAAUACCAUGACCGGCUUCCAGCCACCAACAACUGAAACCUCCCAGAUAAAUGAGGAAAACUGCAAAAUCGGACGGUCAGCCCUGGCGGAAAGCAGCAUGGGAUGUAACAAGCCAAGAAUUGCUCUGAAGCAGCAGGCUCUGCAUUUUCCCUAAAGAACUUCAUCAGUUCUGAUUUCAAAGCAGAAUUGUUUUCGCCUGGAUGUAUCUGGUGCAUUGAGAGAGUUGGUCUUUGAUAAUUAAUUUUCAAGGAACUAACUAUCUGAUUAAAGCAAGUUGCCCCGAUAAUUGAAAAAGUAUUCAUGCCAGUUUCAGAAACUAUUACAACCUUGGGUUAUCUAAACAGCAGUCUAUUAAAUUUCUCACUUUUAAAUAAUUGGACACUUGCAAUGGCAUUUUAUGCACAGUGUGCUAAUAACGUAAGCACUUUACUCUUACAAGCUUCAUUGCCACUUUAGUAUUUCCCCUACUGUCAACUUUCAGGAACAUGGGGAAUUUCCGAACCCUUCAAUCAGCUUCAUAAAGCCAAAACUGUACUUGGCUAUGCGUGCGUUUCCUGUCGAGUAAUUCAAUGUAGUUUUGUGAAAUGCCGUUUUAGAAAUUAGUAAUAUUGGAUUGAUUGGAUUUAAUCUACUGUAUUAAAGUUCAACGUUUCAAAGUUUAAUUAUCAAAUUAUUGCUCAAUUGCUAUAUGGGAGGAAGCACAAGCAAAUGUUCAUUUCUGUUUUCCUACUCUUUAAAAGUUUUAACCGGAGCU